AUGAUAGAGUUGGGAGAAGAGGAGAGGCAUAUGACAACAGCUAUUCGGUCUGUGGUUGGAAAGUUGGGGAAUAAAUACUCUUCAUGUUGUCACAGCAAAGGAAGAACAGUAGCAAACAUGGUUAGGGUUGGGGACUUUCAAAUUAGGAGCUCAGUAGUCAGCAACUACAAUAUUGACCGUGAUGUCUUGUUUUCAAUUUCAAAGCCGCCUACUUCUUAUGGUUAUUCCUCUCGCCAUCCUUUUCUUUUUGGUAACCACCAUAAGAAAGCUCCGCCAGUUCUGCAUCUGGAAUAUUUUAAGUGGCCCGGUGGAUUAGCAGGUAAUCAUCGUGUAGCUCCGUAUUCUAUGGAUAAUCCCAAUACCAUAGCUCUUGCCAUUUUCGCUGUGAGAGAGUACAACAAGGAAAAGAAUGCCAAACUGCGGCUUGUGAGAGUUUUGAGGGCAUGGUACAAAUGUUCUGGUGCUUCGAUCUCAUAUUUUUUUACAAUGGAGGCAGUUGAUAAGGGUGUGGUUAAAGUUUUCCAAGCAUUGGUUUUUUCACGUAGCUGCGAAAGGGAGCUAAGAUUGUUUGGUCUUCUUAAUGUUGAUAACGGGAGUUUGUUAAAACUAAUUGUUAAAGGACCUACAAAACCUUAUGAAGGACUAUCUGCGUGCAUAGCCCAAAGGUACAAGAAGAUGAAGAUUCCAAGAAAGACAAGCAGAAAUUGUCUUGAGGAAGAGACACUAAGCACCUUACUACACGUGAAAAGAAUUGAGCAGAGUGUUCUGAUGGAGGCACUUUUAGGUUUAAGGAAGAAUCAACAGAUUAUGAGCUCUAGACGGGGUGUUACUGUUCUGUACAGUCAGCGCGUUUAUUUCAACGGCAUGAGUGUUGAGGAUUAA